CUUCUCUCGUACGAGAGAGCCAGGGCUAUUGGCUUAGCACACGGCAUCACUCUUCAUGACACUUUGGAUUUGACGCAAAAAUUUUGGGACAUGCACAUCGAUCCAAUCAUGGUCCUAGAUGGGGCUGCAUCCACACUGCUGACCAUCCAACCUGAUUUGGUUUCCCUUGUCGAGGAUAUUCUUCGAUGGGAUGUUAUUGGUCAAUUCUGCCUUACCGAGCUGGGGAGAGGCCUAGACAUCUUCCGAAUGAAGACAUCAGCGACACUUCUCCCACGGCCCAGGUUCAUGCCGCCAACUGUUCCAGUGAAAGGUCUUCCAUGUAUCGCCAUUGUUUUCGCACAACUGUACGUGAACGGCGAAUGCCGUGGACCUCGACCGUUUCUUGUCAAUAUAAACGACGGAUAUCAUAUGUGCAACGGGGUGACUUCGAGGUUGCUACCACCCAGAGGAGGCUCAGCUCCCGUCAAUCAUGCACUCACAAGCUUCCAUCAUGUCUGCUUACCGCCGUCGGCCCUUCUCGGGGACCUCGACAAGUCCAACAGAAUGCAUCGUGACUUUAUGUCCUCUAUAUGGCGUGUUUGCGGUCGGAUGUCAUCGUACAUCGCCGCGCGUUACUUUCAGCGUCGUCAUGUCACCAGCGUGUAUGGAAAUCCUGUACCCAUACUUUCAUACCGGACGCAACAGCUUCCUUUACUACAUGCCAUCGCUCAGGCGUUCGUUCUAGGAGCGCUUUACAAAUGGGCUAUCGAACAGUUCAUGGACAAGAAUCUUGAUGUUCGUGCGCGACAUGGCGUCGCGGCUUGCUGUAAAGCGGUCAUGGUUCAACACGCACAAUUUGCAAAUUGUGCCCUGUCUGAAAGAAUGGGAGCUCAAGGCCUCUUCGAAUACAAUCGGCUGUCCAACUUUUAUAGCGAGAUGAGGGGAAUUAGCAUCGCUGAAGGUGACAUUUUAGGACUCGUGGGAGAUACCUUAGCGCAAACGUACACGUUACCUCUCUCGACACACCCAGACGGCCCCCUUGCGUUGCACGAAAUCUCGUUAUUCGAUGAGGCGACCGAGACCGUUUCCUCUUCAUCCGACUUCACACAAGCGUUUAUGCAAUAUGUGCAGCCGCGCUACAGAUGCCGCGUGGUACGUAGAGCGUGGUAUAUUUACGCGGCAGGCCAUUAUGCGUAUGGAGGAUACUGCUUUGUGGCUGCUUUGCCUCGCCUAGACGAGUUGCUCGCUGCGAUGGAGGUUGAGCCAUACGUCACGUCACCCAUCAUAUCGGACGAGUGCUGGCGGAAAUUUAGCAGGACCUUGCCUGUCUAUAGCUCCCCUCAGGCUGAGGAGCCAGCGCAGCCGACUUUGGUUUUUGAGCGAGCUCGACUUUGAAGUUCUGGGUCGCUAUAGCCUUGAAUAAAAAUAUGAU